GUGCCAAACUGACAAGUCUGACAAUUUGAUUUGACAGCUCCAUCACAAAUUGGUAUUAUUUAGAAAACCGGCGAAUUCAUAAAUAGUUAGCCCAGAGAUAUUGGUUUUAGACUACAGUGCACAUUGCUUACUUUAGUUGAACAUGCAGAAGUGAAUAUAACGUACUCUCAGCUUAUCUCGCGAACUCAAUAUUGCACAAUAACACAGUUCGUUACAUGGGCACUAGCGUAGCCUCAAGUCUUCAAAGAUGCCUGGUCAUUCCGCUGACGAUGAGGAUAAGCCUUGCAGGGCAUGUUCGGACUUCAAGACGUGGGCCAAAAGUCAGAAUAAAGUGACUUUCACAACACCGAACAAACAGCCUAGUCCAAGACCUAAAGACUGUCCUCUAGACAAGGAUGAGUUAGGCACAUCAACAUGGAGGUUCCUCCACACAAUGGCGUCAUAUUACCCAAAAAGUCCUACAAAGAAACAAUCUGAAGACAUGGUGCAAUUUUUCAAUAUCUUUGCACAGUUCUACCCAUGCGAGCCAUGUGCAUUGGAUUUCCAGGAAGACAUAAAGAUAAACCCACCAAGGACAGAAAACCAAGAUGCCCUUGCAAAAUGGUUGUGUGAGCGUCACAAUACAGUCAAUGUCAAACUUGGCAAGCCCGUGUUUGACUGUUCCAAAGUGCAUGAGAGGUGGAGAGAUGGCUGGCUGGACGGAUCCUGUGAUUAACAGUCAUCUUCACAGACUAAUGUUGAGUAUUGAUCAAUAAGUGGUUUAAUAUUGUUUACGUCUGGCUGUAAAUUUUUGGGCCCACAAUUGUGAUAUUAUAGUUAAGUGCUAUAUUUAUUUUAUACCUCAAUAAAAGAUGUACAAUAUAAAAUUUAUAAUUUUU